AUAAAACAAUGGAUGAAAAACCCAAAUCUGUGUAGCAUAUCGUUGGAGAAUGGUCAGUUUUCGUAGACCUCGUGGUAAAACCAAUGCAUUAAUAUUAUUUUUUUUUGUUAUCUUGCCUGUGAUUUUUAUUAUUUCCUGGAAAUGGAAAAAUAUCCAUCGCGGAUGCCAGACUAUACAGCAAUAUAUACCAUUGACAACUACUUUCCCGCAAAAAACAACAUUAGAUGUAACACCAGUUUAUAUCGUAGAGGAACAUCAUGAAGUUUUGCCGUAUUGGUUUAAAUCUGCAGAUAGGGGUUUAAUACCGAAGAAAGGAAAUGUUUUGUUACAUAUAGAUGGUCAUUCUGAUGGCGCACCACCAGAUAGAUUUGACAUAAUAUCAUUGUUUAAAUAUCCUAAAAUAAAGGAUGAAAUUCGAGCCCUGAUGCAAGCAAAUGACGUAUUUAUAGCGGGAGCUGCACAGACGGGGUUGAUAUCUCGCUAUAUCUGGGUGUGGCCACCGUGGGAAACGACAAUGAGUUCAAGGGGAAAUGAUCAUCUUGAAUUUAAUCUUCUAAUGGGCUUAAUGAAGGGUAUUUCAUCAGAUAACAAGCUUCCAGUUUGUGUUUGUUUUGAAUUUAUUAAAGACAUUGAUGGUUGGACAAACAACUGUGCCCAUCUAAAGAAGUCAAUGAGAGAAAGCCAUACUUUAGAAGAACUUGGAAUAUCAAAAGACAAAUGUGACAUUAAGAAGACAACUUUUGUAGAAAUUGUUAGUGAGGAUAAAGCCUUGGAACUCACCAGAUCAGAUAAAUGGUUAUCUCCCCUUGACCAUAUAAUAUUGGAUAUUGAUGAAGAUUAUUACGGAUGUGAAGCCGCCAUUAUUACAUUGUACGACGUAGGCAUGACAUCACAGCAAGUUGAUGAUCUCUCAACUUUAACUCAAGCCACAUUCUGUGGAGGUAAUAGCACACAAGAAAGACACUUCAAUAAUUUAUUUUAUGACUUAAUACAAAAUGUCAAGUUCGUUAAUGAAUGUCGAGUGGGAACGUCUAUUGAUAAAUUGGCGUUUCGGUUGAAUGAAACAAAACGAUUAUCAGAAAAAUUAUAUGAUACGUUAAAAAAUCCGAUAUUUGGAAACUCUGUGUGUAAAAAUGAAAAGCAUUCUUUGAAGUCCAUUAUAUUUACCUUGUUAAAAUUCCUGUGUAAUUUAUCUAUUUCUCAACUAACUGCUAUUUCAAAAGUUGGGCUAUGUCUUCCUGGUUCCGCCCAAACCUACUCGUUUUCACCUGAUCUUGGCAUGAGAUUGUGUGUUGGUUUUAAUAGACCCAAUAAUACCAUGGUAAUAUUUCAUACACCAACUAUGAGUGAAAUUGAGAUUAGAACAGCUAAUAUGAGGAGUCUGUUAAAGAAUGUACCAGCACCGUCUGUAGUUACUGUCUGUCGGUCAAUGCGCGAUGGUUAUACCCCAGUUAAAUAUUUUAGUAAAAUAGAAGAGGACGUACUCAAUACAUUAUUAAAUACUUAUGAGAAAAUAUCAUUUGAUUCAAUACAUUAUGAUCCUGAAUUAUUAGGUGGUAAACCUGGUUUACCAGCCCGCCAUUUUUUUGCUGAAUAA